AUGAUGAACUCCGAUGAUAUCCGGGACCUCGGAGAACCGAUUAUCCGCCUCGCCGCAGCUGCUAAGAGAGCGGUACGCCAGCGAAUCAGAGAGCGAUGGGAGCGGCAGUGGGAGCGCGAGACAACCUCCGCACCGACAAAACGCUUGGUGCAAGCGCCGAACAAGAAGACGCUCCGGCUGUACGAAGGACUGACGAAGCCGCAGUGUGCGAUCCUGAUUCAGAUGCGCACAAUGCGGAUCGGACUGCGUCACUUCUUGUUCAAGAUCAAGGCGGCAGAGUCCGACCGGUGUCCAUGCGACGAGGGCUCGCAGACGCCGAAACAUGUCCUGAUGCAGUGCCCGCGGUAUAUCUUCCCGCGCACGAAAUUAUGGGACCAGUUGUAUGAUCUCGGCAUCGAGAUGGAUUAUGACAAGAUCAUUUCGAACCCGCAGGCCACCCGCUACGUGGUCAAAUUCAUGCACCAAACAGGUCUCCUCCGGCAGUUCCAACAUGUUGGGAUCGAGGACGACGACGACGACGAACCGGUAGGCGUUGCGGCAAUGGAUCUAGGUGUGGAAGACGAUGGGUAUUAG